AUGCUUGAGCUUAUUGAGCAACUAGGGGAAGAAUAUUCUGAUCGCACGUACAUACUCGCUGAAACUGACUCAAUGAGUGGCCAGAAGUUGAAAAGCUUUGAAGAGCGAAGAAAUUCCGGGAAUUAUACCGUAAAACAAAUUCCAAGAUCGAGGGAAGUCGGGCAAUCGUAUAUUUCCUCAAUUGGCUCCACUUUUUAUGCUUUAUAUUACGCUGUACAAGUCGUUUAUGAUUGCAAGCCAGAUCUUGUGCUAUUAAAUGGCCCCGGAACAUGUAUUCCAGUUGCAUUUGCUGCCGCAUUCUUCGACCUCAUCCGUCUUACUGAUACAGUGAUUAUUUAUGAAGAGUCCAUCUGCCGGGUCACAAAAUUAUCACUUUCUGGUGCAAUACUUUAUUACUGUGGUCUAGUCGACGACGUUCUUGUGCAAUGGCCUGAGUUAAAGCAAAAAUACCCACGAUGUACUUAUAUCGGUCAUUUACCGAAUCCCGAUGAGGAAGUAGAUGCGAUGGAUCUCGAAUUAGUUGACACCAAAAAAUCGAACUAG